UGAUGUUCCAUUCCCCUCAACUCCCAGUCGACCUUUUUCUUCGAACCAUUUGUUUGAUUUUGAGCUUUAAUUUUGUGAUGGAAAUGAUUCCAUGGCGUCCUCUUCAUUUCCAGUACUUGUAGAUCAACAUUGUCCAUCAAAUCCUCCAUAUCUUAAUCAUCAUUUCUCCCUCUUCCCUUCUCUACUUCUUACUCUCUCCGCCGACGCAUCUCCGACCCCAUUAAUGGACCUCCCUCCUGCCAUUUCCUUCUCAUGGAGCCGUACUGUCUCCCAUUCUCUUCGCAUUCCUCAACACCUGACAAUAUGUGGCAACAGGUUUCGGGUGUUCUGUGCCAUUGAUGCUACAAAGAUGAAAAAUCAGCUCACAGUAUCAAUAACUGGAGCUACAGGCUUUAUUGGCCGAAGGCUUGUGCAAAGGCUACAUGCAGAUAAACACAACAUUCGAGUUUUAACAUGCUCUAAAUCUAAGGCCAAGUUGAUAUUUCCGGGUAAGAAGCUAAGGAGUUUCCAGGAAUCAUGAUUGCAGAGGAGCUGGGGUGGAAAGACUGCAUCCAAGGCUCAGAUGGAGUUGUUAACUUGGCUGGCAUGCCUAUAAGUACCAGGUGGUUUUCUGAGAUCAAGAAAGAGAUCAAGCAAAGCAGGAUC